AUGUCCAAUUACCCGGGAAUCGAACGUCUACCGUUUGAGAUCAUCGACUAUGUCCUCUCUUUUAUAUCCGUGGUUGACUACCACAGCGUGAAGCUUGCAGGAAGCCGUUAUCUCACUGGCGUUGUCCGCUCCCGUUCUUCCUGCAUUUCGCGUCAUGAGUAUUUCAAACUCCUGCAGCAGCACGACCAGCACGGACUCGAGUUGCCAGGCGGACAUGCUCGGUCUGCAUUGGGAAUUACCAUCCAACGAGGAAAUCAGUCCUUGGUGCGGCGAUACCUAGCGAGGUAUGAGAAACAAAACGACCGGUCUAUUGAAAAAGAAAAACGAAAAUUCAACUCCGCUCUCCACCUGGCCGCAUUCUUCGGCUCGCUCGACAUCGUCGAGCUCCUUAUAGAGAGGAUACAUGCCAGAUGUCGAAAGGCUGGAUCAACGGUACUUCAUCUCGCAGCUAAGAGAGGCCACGCGGAAGUAGUCCGUCUCCUCAUACAGAAUGGCGCCGACAUCAAUGCCAUCGACUUCAAAGAAAGGACACCCCUUGCCCUGGCACAGGAAGGGGAGCACAAAGACACUGUAACAUUUCUACAAAGCCAGGGAGCAUGUUCAUGCGCAGCCGAUGUCCUGCGCCAAUAUCCCUCGAGGAAAUUUGCUGAUUUAGUGUGGAGUCAUACCGACGAACCUGCGGUGAUCAAUGACCCCGACGGUGAAUCGAGAAUGUCUAAAUCAGACCACAACGAACGCGCGCAAACGGGGCGGUCGCAGGUGAUGCGGGUGUUUGCCCGCUAUUUAUCCACUAAGCACGGCCAAGAGCCAGCUUUAAAUGCAGAACGACAAAGGGCCGUAAUGCAUACUGCUCUGACCGAAGGGGUCGAGGAGGUGGUUUGUGCGCUAUUGGAUGAUGGAUUCGAUGUCGACUCCGACUGUGAUCUUAGCGGCCAUACUCCGCUUCACUUUGCCGUGCUCCGUGGAAAUAAAUCGUUAAUCGAACCACUCGUCCGGCGCGGAGCAAAGCCUUUAUAUGCCACACCCCUUGGAAUUACACCCUUUCUUUCAGCCGCAAGCAAAGGUGACAUGGGGAUUAUUGAGAUAUUUCUACGUUUGGGGGUUCCAAUUAACGCUGCAAAUCGUGAUGGCCUCACGGCUCUCCAUACUACAGGCAUAGGAUCAGACGCUUUCCUUGGCGGCCUAAUUGACAAGCAUGGUGCUAACAUCGAAGCAAAGAAUAACAAAGGCGAAACUCCACUCCAUUUUGCUAUUAACAGGGGCUAUGAAGAGGCUGCCAAGAAUCUACUGAAGAGAGGAGCAAAUGUCAAUGCUCGGGAUAUAAAUCUCUCCACGCCACUUAUGAGAGUACAUGAUAAGAAGUGCGGCUCUUUAACCCGUCUUCUCAUAGAGCAUGGGGCGGAUAUUACUCUCUUCAACUAUGCAGGCCAUAACUCUAUGGAGGCGAGGGAGUCUAUCAUCGGGAUGGAGUGGAUUUUUCAGUACAGCGAUAAUUCACAGCUCACAGCAAGAAAGGCGACGCUCGACCUCAUUCGCCAAACGAGAGUGGAUGACGACGACAGUUAG